AUGUCCGAACUUUUAAAAAAUUCAAGCGAGCUAAAGUCUCUCCUCCUGGGUCUCCAGAUUUUCAAGUUUUGUGAAGUCUCCAUUGAUACGGAGAAGUAUUCCAGUCGUUCUGACGCCUACAAUGUUAAUAUUUUUGUGGAAGAAAAAAAACCACAGGCACUUAAAGCCCAGUGGACUGUGAAUACUGACGGCUCCAUGCGCCUGGGUGGCUCUUUCGCACUACUUAACAUGUUUCACAGAGCCGAGCGUUUGGAGAUCGAAGGAAAUCCCGUCCAGAACAACGCUUCUGUCAAAGUGAGUUUCGGUGGUUCGGAUGGCACCUACGAUCAUUGGUGGUCAAAAUUUCUUCGGAACGAGAGUACUAUUUUUGCUGAAGUUGCUUCGCCUUCUCGGUUUGGUCUCCAUAAAUUGCAUUGGAGCAAUGUCUGGAGAGAAAUUGAGCCUUCAUCGUCUUCAUGUCCCACGACACCGUUUAACGUACGGCUAGAGAGCGGACCGUCGCUGAAGACGAACUUCCGUCACCAAUUCGAGUUUGACAGUCGCUCGGAUCGUAUCUUCCCGGAUGACGGGGCGCUGUUUCGUCUGACGCAGGAAAUUUCUUUCAUCAGCCCUGCGCCCCCACGCGGAGCCAUCGGUCUGGAGGCUGCUUCGCCAACUCCUGUUGGGCAAGUCGUCUAG